CUGUUGUGUUUUUUUGCUUUUCGAACCAGGAAGAUGGAUUUGCUGUCGAACAAAUGGAUUAUUAAUUUGAUAGUUUGUUUGUUUUCCGUCGGUGUCAGCUGCAACUCAGUGGAAAAGAAGAUUUAUGUGCAUCUCAAUUACACAGUCCCUUGUGUGCGGCUGCUAAAUGCAACACAUCAAAUAGGCUGCCAGUCCUCUUUGUCAGGUGAUGUGGGUGUGCUUCAUGUGCUCCAGUCAGAGGAAAACCUGGACUGGGUCCUGAGUUCUGGUCCCAAUCCUCCUUAUAUGGUUAUUCUGGAGUCCUCGCUGUUUACCAGAUCCGUCGCGAUAAAGCUGAAGAACGGCUCCAACAGGGUGGCCGGCGUCGUGGUGGUGGCGCCGAGCACAAAUCCAGUUGAGGGCUUCUCUCCUCACACCUCCUGCCCCAACGAGAACUCAGGCGUUUAUUCAGAGAGCUACGACCCGGCGUUGGCCCACUGUAAAGAGACAGUUUGGAACCCUCUGGGAAACGGUUUGUCCUACGAGGAGUAUGACUUCCCCAUCUUCUCCCUGAAAGACGACAAUGACACCGCUGUCAUCCGACAGUGCUACCUUGAUCAUAACCACGCUGUGAACGGCAGCAGGCCUCAGUAUCCACUGUGCGCAAUGCAGCUCUACUCCCACAUGUCUGCCGUCACCGACACGGCCACCUGCAUGAGGAGAAAUGACAUCAACUUCAGCAUCAGCCCAGAGAUGGUGUGUGACCCGCUGGGUGACUUUAACGUUUGGGCCUCCACCAAGCCUCUGAACAACACCGAGAAGGGCCACAAGAUGGGGGAGAGUGUGGUCAUCGCAGCAGCCAGACUCGACAGCAGGUCCUUCUUCUUCGACGUCGCUCCGGGAGCAGAGAGUGCAUCUUCAGGCUUCAUCACCCUGCUGGCGGCUGCACACGCUCUGCGUAACGCCACCCAGGAGGCCCCACCCAACCGCACCAUCCUCUACACCUUCUUCCAAGGGGAAACUUUCGACUACAUCGGCAGUUCGAGGAUGGUGUACGACAUGGAGAAUAAUCAGUUCACUGUGGACCUGGACAAUGUUCACUCAGUGCUGGAGAUUGGACAGGUGGGACUCCGUGCCAACUCCAGACUCUGGCUUCACUCUGAUCCUGUUUCUAUGAGAAACAGCAGCGUCAAUGAAGAGGUGAGGAAGCUCAUCAACAACCUGCAGUCGGCUGCUACAAGUGUAGGCAUCCCAGUCGCAGAACCCGGUGUCUCUCAGGCGCUGCCUCCUGCGUCCUUCCAGCGCUUCCUGCGAGCUCGGCCGAUCCCCGGUGUUGUUAUCGAGAAUCACCAGUUUAACUUCACCAACAAAUACUAUGAGAGUAUGUAUGACAACGCAGAGUAUCUGAGCAUUUCUUACCCACCAAACCUGACGCCGGAGGAGCAGCUGGAGUUCGUCACUGAAACUGCAAAGGCUCUGACUGAAGUGGCGACGAUGGUGGCUCGAGCGCUCUACGUGCAGGCAGGAGGAGCAGAGAGUCAGAUGAACAGCAUAAACGCAGACCCUCAGAUAGUGAGCCAAAUGCUGUACGGUUUCCUUGUUCGGUCAAACAACACCUGGUUCCAGCAGCUGAUACCCUCCGACCUCGCGAGUCAUCUGAAUGACAGACCCACAAACUUCUACGUCGGCGUGAGUCAGCAGUCGAGUGAGCCGACUCUUCUGGUCCAGUACCUGCUGGCCAACCUGACCGGCAGCACCGUCAACGUCACCCAGGACAACUGCCAGAACCAGAGAGUGGACGAGAACGACAAGGAGAGCAAACAUACGUUCACCUACAUGUGGGUUCAAGGCGCAGCGCCUCCCAACAGCACAGAACGGGCGGGUUUCUGCGUUCGCUCCACGGUCCGUCUCUCCAGAGCAGUGUCCCCGGCCUUCGAGCUGCGAGAGUACACCUCCAAAGAUUACUCAACGUGGACAGAGUCCAGGUGGAAGAGCAUCAAAGGACGCAUAUUCCUGGUGGCCAGUCACGAACUAGAGAUGUUGACGCUCGGCGUGGGUUUCGGCGUGCUGCUAACGUCCCUCCUCCUAACAUACAUCAUCAGCUCGAAGGCCGACAUCCUGUUCAGCUCGGGGAGGGAGCCCACCAGCGCCACCUACUGAUCCACACGGACGGCGUCUCAGGCCCACGACCACUACUACUACUACUACUACUACUAUUACUACUACUACUUCUGUCCCAACCUGACGUUGACGGUUUCCUUUUAAAACACACCACGCGUAGGUACACAGACAGGUUAGACUCAUCCGCAGAGGGGAUUUUUCUUUUUUUUUAGACGACGACGACGACUCCGUGUUUAUGGACUCACUCAGGUGAGGCGUGACGUGAGGACUGGACUGGACUGGAUUUGGCCUGGAUGGAUCUGGACUCAUCAGGGCCAGAAAAUAAAACCACUGGUCAGGCACCAGCGGGCCCUGCCAGUGGAAAAAGAUGUUAAUAUUUCUUUUUGUUUUUUGUUUUUGUUUUUUUUCUUUUUAUUGUCAAAGAAUGUUUUGUUUACUGUGUCAUGGGAUAGGCACUAAACAUGGAGCAUUAUUUUGAGUGCGUGUAUGACUUUGAAUAUGUAAAUGUGACCGCGCGCGUGUGUGUGUGCGAUUCGGUGUGUACGAACAGUUGUGAGUGCGUGUGUGUGUGUGUGUGAACUUAGAGGAUUGCGAUGGUAUGUGCAAUACUGUAGCCGUCUUCUCUGUCGAUGUAGUUAACUUAUCAAUCAGUUCUAAUGAUAAGAAACCACUUUCUGAGUCAGUGAACAAGUAGUGAAAUUUAAAUUUUAAGGUUUUGCAAAAAUCUGGAAAUGUUUAGUGAAGUAUUUUGAUAAGCUCCUGGGACGUUAUCAAGAAAAAAAGUACAUACGUGUAUGUAGUUGUGGACCCACUGCAGUUUCACAUAUUGUGAUAUUUGAGUGGAGAAGAAUUUUUUCCAAGAGUCUGGCGUUGCUGACAAACACUUUAUUUUCUUCUCAGCUGCCAAAAAUCUUUCAAAAACCAGUCAGAAUAAUGUUAAGUUUGGAAUUGGAGGAGUUUUGACACUGAAAAGUGGCUGGUACUCUGGCUGUGCACUCUUUUUGGUUCGUACCUUUUCCCCCCCCCCACGAGGUUUUCUUUCAAUGAUGACUCCUUUAGAAUUGUGACGACACACAAGGUUUUAAUUCUGUUGUUGGGUGUUCAUUUAAUGGCUGGAAUCAAAGACCAGGUUUGAUGCCUUGAUGCAAGAAAUAAACAUUGCUUCUUUUCCAA